ACAAAGCUGAAAAUCAAAAUGGCCCUCCGCUUCAUUUUCGUAUUCAUUGCCACAAUCGUCCUGGCUCAAGGAUCAAAUAUUUCGCCACUUGAGCAGGAGACUCUGGUGGGAGUGCAUCACUCUGGAGUGGCCGCUUCAUCUGGAGUGGCUUCAUCUGGAGCUCAUGUCGUUGGUGUUACCCGUGGCCACUCAGGUGCUUCUCACUCUCAGCGUCCUGUUUCUGGUCACGGAUCCAUCUCUGGACCUAUUCAAGGAUCCCGUCGAGUGGGCGGCGUUUCAGCGGCCGGAUCUCGUCCUCAUGGUGGUGCUCCUCGUCGUUCUUCUACAGGCACUUAUGGUCGUCCAAUCGCAGGCGGAGCUGCCCCAGGAAAUGUCCACCGCAACCGCAACCAGAAACCACAUUAA